GAUUAUCUUGCGAUUUUGUCGCGGAUAUUGAGUGUGAUGGGAGAUGUAUUUCACCAGAUAUGAUUUGUGAUGGUAUCAGACAUUGUACGGACAGCGCAGACGAACGCUGUGAUUGUGAUGAAACAACAUUUAAUUGUACUUUAAAUAAUGAGUGUGUCGCCCCAGCACUGCAGUGUGAUGGUUUCAAAGAUUGCACGGAUGGAAGUGACGAAAAUAAUUGCGAACCAAGCGUGGGAUGCAGUUUCAAUCGUUCAAGUAAUUUCGAUUGUGGAUAUUUCUUGUAUCUUGCACAACCUGGAAGUAGUGGCAUUG